GACAACGUAGAGGAAAGAAGGCGCCGUGAACAGGUCUCAUGUACCAGGCUCUCCGGUCAUCGGGUGCCCGGACCCGCUGGGGGCGGGGCCUCAGGGCCCCCAAUGCUGUCCAGGUGAGACACGGAGGGUCCUGCUCAAGGCUCGUGCCCCUCACCCCACCCCGCCGGCCCGGCACCUGCUCUGUGGCGCACGCUGCCAGCCUUCACAAAGCUGUCUGGUGAAACCCGGAACCAGCCUCGGAGGGAAGCGAUCAUCUCCUCCUCGGCAGUGGCAGGUGUGACCAUUGGCCUCAGCUGCUGGGAGGUCAUCUCGGAGCCUCUGGAAGGUCAGCGUGAUGGAGGCAGCUUUUCCGAGGGGGCUUCGGGCAGCCAAUGCUGUGAUAGUGUCUCAGACCCUCCUCAUGACCCUGCACGUGGUGCCGUCGCUGUUGCUUCUCAAUGAAGAGAACUGAGAAAAUGCAGAACUCCCGUGUCCCGUGGCAGGAAAGUGCCGGCGUCUGUCAUUCGUGGGAAGGAGCGUGCAGCCCCUGCGGCCCUCUGUGCCUGGCUGCCUCACCAUGGAAUCCGGUGACAUGCUCGCCGCCAACUGCUCGGUGCAGAGCCGCGGCGUGGAGGUGGCCGUGGCCACGCUGCUCGCGCUGGAGUGCGGGCUGGGCCUCCUGGGCAACGGCGUGGCACUCUGGACCUUCGUGUUCCGCCUCAAGGUGUGGAAGCCCUAUGCCGUGUACCUGCUCAACCUGGUGGCCGCUGACCUCCUGCUUGCCGUGUGCCUGCCCUUCCACGCCGCCUUCUACCUGUGCCACAAGACGUGGCCGCUGGGGCACGCGGCCUGCCGCGGCCUGCUCUUCCUCCAGGUGCUCGGCCGCGGGGCGGGCGUCGCCUUCCUCACUGCCGUGGCUGCCGACCGCUACUUCCGAGUGGUCCACCCCCGGCUGAAGGUCAACCUGGUGUCCCCGCGGGCCGCCUGGGGCAUCUCGGGCUGCGUCUGGCUCCUGCUCCUCGGCCUCACGCACCAGAGCCUGUUGGUGCCCGAGGCCACGUGCCCCAGCCUGGAGCCCGGGGCCGAGCUCUCCUUCAGCGCCGUCUGGCAGGAGGCCCUGAUCUCCAUGCAGUUCAUCCUGCCCUUUGGCCUCAUCCUGUUCUGCAAUGCCAGGAUCAUCAGGACCCUGAGGAGGCGCCUCCGAGACCCGGACAGGCAGCCCAAGCUGCAGAGGGCCCGGGCGCUGGUGAGCGUGGUCGUGGUCCUCUUCGCCGUGUGCUUCCUGCCCAGCUUCCUGGCCCGGGUCCUGGUGGCCGUCCUCCGAGGGGCGGGCGGCUGCAGGGCGCUGGGGGUGAUGGUGCACGUGUCCGAAGUGAGCAACGGCCUCACGUACCUGCAGAGCGUGCUGAACCCCGCGGUAUACUGCUUCUCCAACCCCGCGUUCAGGCACUCCUACCGCAAGGUCCUCAACACCCUCAGAGGCCGACGGAGGGAGGCCGAGGCUCCGGGUGACAUCAAGGACUCCUACUCCUGAGGCCAGCCAGCCCAGCGGCCAGAACGACCACCGCCUAGGGCCCCAGGGAGAGGAUGUCGCCAGGCUGCGCUACAGCUGUGCUACAAGGGUGGGGACUCAGACUCGGGCACACCCGCGGCCAGUGUUCUCAUGUACGCGGUCUGCAGUGUUUUCUGCAGCUGCAGGUCAGCCAGCAGAGCCUCUUUGCACCCACGGCUGGCCUGGAAACAUGCCCCUGCUGUGCACCCACUCCCGGAGGAAGGGCUCUCGGGGGUCCUGAGGGGGGGCGUCGUCCCCAAGCUGUGGGUCCUGGUGAGUGUGCUCCCUCUGCCUCAGCUCGCGAAUGCACUUGCACAGACUUGCAGGCACUGACCGGGGAGAGCGGGGACUGGGACUGCGUGGCCAGCUCCCGGGCCGUGCACCUCACCGUGCCGUGCUCAGCCCCGCCUGGCACGGAAUGUUUGCCGAUUUAUAAAACUUUGCUUCAUUUGCACAGA